UUUUGGAUGAGCAGUGGGCGGGAGUUUACUGUAAAACAGAAAGUGAAACUCAACAGCAGGCACAUGAAGGAAGAAUGACCAAGCCAAAGUGAUCGAGGUUAAAGAAAAAAAAUCAGAGGUCCUGAGACAUUUUUGACUCAGCCACAUUCCGACACAGUCGGGGGACAAUCAGCCGGUGGGCUCACAUCAUCAUCCUUCACCGCUCCUUGUGUUGGGGAUGUGACCACGUCCAAAACAAGCUGUCAGCCUGUCACACUGCCUCCUCUUUCAUUUCAAAUCAGUGGUUGAUCGACAUUUCCUCUACGAUGCUCUCAGUGGGGCUACUAGUGCUGUCUCUAUUCCACGUGUCUCUGGCUGGAUCUCAGCCCACCCAGAGCUCACAGCAGGCACCGGGCCCCCCUCACCCUGCAGGAGAGCAGCCUCCCCUGGCUGCUGACAAUCUGUCCUUCCCUUGGAGCCGUCUCCGCCUCCCAAGGUACAUCAUUCCUCUUCACUACCACCUCCUCCUUCACCCUAACAUCACAAGCCUCAGUUUCACUGGCUCGGUGCAGAUCCAGAUCGAUGUCCAGAACAAUACAAACUGGGUUGUGCUGCACAGCAAGGGUCUACAGAUCUCCAUGGCCACAAUCUUGGACCAGAACCUUGCUCACCUGUCUGACAAGGUUCUUCCAGUUCUUCAUAAUCCUUCCCAUGAGCAGAUUGGUAUUUUCUCUCCCAGAGUGCUCAACAAUGGGCAGAAAUACUUUCUGUAUAUUGAGUUUGAGGCUGAACUUGCAGAAGGCUUCUAUGGCUUCUAUAAGAGCACAUACAGAACCAGCACAGGAGAGACCAGAAUCCUAGCUUCAACUCACUUUGAGCCCACGAGCGCUCGGAUGGCAUUCCCGUGUUUCGACGAGCCAAGCUUCAAAGCCAACUUCUCCAUACGCAUCAGAAGGAGUCCAGAGUACAUUUCCCUGUCCAACAUGCCUGUGGCCAAGACAGUUGAGGUAAACGAUGGCCUUCUUGAGGACCGGUUUGAUGCAAGUGUAAAGAUGAGCACGUACCUCGUAGCUUUUGUCAUCUGUGACUUCAAAUCUGUCACUGCAACGACAUCUUCUGGGGUGCAGGUGUCCAUCUAUGCAGCCCCUGAGAAGUGGCUCCAAACCCGCUAUGCCCUGGAGGUUGCUGUCAAAAUGCUUGACUUCUAUGAGGAGUAUUUCAACAUACGCUAUCCUCUACCCAAACAAGAUCUGAUAGCCAUCCCAGACUUCCAGUCCGGCGCAAUGGAGAACUGGGGUCUGACCACCUACAGAGAGACCAGCCUUCUCUUCGAUCCUCUCACAUCCUCCAUUUCUGAUAAACUCUGGAUUACUAUGGUGAUCGGCCAUGAGCUUGCCCAUCAGUGGUUUGGUAACUUGGUGACGAUGGAGUGGUGGAAUGACAUCUGGCUCAAUGAAGGAUUUGCCAGAUACAUGGAGUACAUUUCAGUGGAGGCCACCUACCCUGACCUCAAAGUGGAAGAAUAUCUGUUGCACACCUGUUUUGCAGCAGUGGGUCAUGAUUCACUGAACUCCUCUCGGCCAAUAUCCAGCCCAGCAGAGAACCCCACUCAGAUCAAACAGAUGUUCGACACAGUCUCCUACGACAAAGGAGCAUGUAUCCUGCACAUGCUGCGACACUUUCUGACAGAAGACGUGUUCCAGAGUGGCAUAGUGCGAUACCUUCGCAAAUACAGCUACAGAAAUGCGCACAACCAGGAUCUGUGGGACAGUCUGACAAAUACAUGCUCAGAGGAGGACUUCAUCUCAGGAAAACACUGCUAUAGCAGCGAACAGGCCUCCAAGAAUGCAUACCUGUUUGCAGGGGAACACCUGGACCUGACAGCCAUGAUGAACACUUGGACUCUGCAGAAAGGCAUUCCUCUGGUAACUGUAACCAGGAAGGGGCCUCGGCUGCUGCUUCGACAGGACAGGUUCCUGAGGACAGUGAUGCCCUCUGACCCCCUCUGGUCCACACUGCAAAAGGGCUUCCUUUGGCAUAUUCCUCUGACAUACAAGACAGAUGCUUCAGACACCAUCCACAGACACCUGAUGACAACACACACAGACAGUAUUCAUGUAGGAGAUGAUGUCAGCUGGGUGAAAGUAAAUACUGACAUGACAGGCUACUAUGUGGUUCAUUACGAGGAUGGUGGUUGGGAUGAGAUAACCAAACUACUGUUGGAAAACCACACAGCUCUGAGCUACAAAGACAGGACUCAGUUGAUACACAAUUCCUUUCAGCUGGUCACGGCAGGUCACCUGCCCCUGAAUAAAGCCUUAGACCUGAUUGGCUACCUCCGGUUGGAGACACACACUGUGCCUCUUCUCGAAGGACUGGGCUAUCUGGAGACCUUUUACCGCAUUAUUGAGAAAAGGAAUGAGUUCGAUUUAACAAGAAGCCUGGGAGCAUACAUCCUCCGAUUUUUCCGUUCUGUCAUUGACCGGCAGACGUGGAGUGACAAUGGCUCUAUCUCAGAGCGACGGCUGAGGUCAGAGGUCCUGUCACUGGCCUGCCACCUGGAUGACCCUCCGUGUCUGGAGCGGGCACGUCAGAGCUUCAAAGACUGGCUUCAGUCCAACGGUACACUCAACUUGCCUACAGAUGUGGCAGAGACAGUGUAUUCAGUUGGAGCUCAGGAUGACCAUGGCUGGGCUUCACUCUUGCACACAUACAACAUCUCCCUCUCUGCAGCACAGAAAAACAAAAUCCUGUUCGCCUUGACCUGCAGCAAAGACACAGACAAACUACAAAGACUGCUGGAGUUAGGUCUAGAAGGGAAGGUGAUUCGAUCCCAGGACCUGUCUACUCUCAUCCUGAUGGUGGCCAGGAACCCGCGGGGACAUCACCUUGCCUGGAACUUUGUCAAAAAGAACUGGGACACACUGGUUCAAAAGUUCCAGUUGGGAUCAUUUUGUAUCAGAAACAUCAUCAUUGGUACCACAGGCCAGUUUUCAUCUCCAGAGGAACUCACUAAUGUGCAGUUGUUCUUUGAGUCCAUCAGAGAACAGGCGCUUCAGCUGAGAGCUACUCAGGUUGCCCUGGACAACGUGCAGAAAAAUGUUCGCUGGUUUCAGAGGAACCUAGAGACUCUGAGAGAGUGGCUGAAUAAGCAAAUGAAGUGAAGGACAGUGGGAAGAGAGGGGGUGGCUAAUAUACGUCACCCAAGGAGAAUAUUUGAAUGAUUUUUGAAGUUUUUAUUUACAAAUUGUAGAAUAAUGUGCUAGAUAGCACUGGAGAGUUGAGUUUUGUAUAUGAAAAAGGUGUAAAGGUUUAACAUUUUAAGGGGAAUUAUUUGUUAGACAAAAAAAAUUGAAAAAAUGUAAUUGGUAGACCUGCAAGUCGAAAAGUAGUUGUAUGAAUGAGGAGCCAUGUAUGUACUGUGAAUAUUGUGUGUGUGUGUGUGUGUGUGUGUGUGAGAGAGAGAGAUCAUUCCAAAGACACUCAAAUGCUGUAAAAAAUGGAUUCUUAAAUUGACAAUUAAAGGGUUUGUUGUA